AUGGAUAGUCUAGAAAUUUUAAGAUUUUUCCGUUCACAAAUUUACAGAUAUUCAAUGUUAAAUUUGUCGUAUAUAGUUUUAUACUAAAAUCCGCAGCUUAAAACUAAGUUGUUAUAUUGAUUGUUUAUAUAAACAGAGUUCAAAUAGUAAUGCAGAGGCUACUUGUUUGAGGUGUUUAUUAACAGUUUUGAUAUACUUGGUGAAACGUCUGCUUUGAAAAUAUGUCAGAACCAGGUCCUAGUACCAGCACCUCAGGUGCCAUAGACCAUACAAGUUUAAAGAAAGACAUAUCAAGUUGCAAAGAUUUUUUACAAAAAUGUGUUACAUCAUGUCCUGCUAGUCAAAGAGCUAAAGCUACAAGUGUUGUACAGGAAUUGAUUGAUGGUAAAAUAGAGCCAGAAAUGUUGCAAGCAAAGUUAGAUGUCACAGUUUGUGAAGAUCACCAUUUACCACUGCUCAAGAAAACACUGCCUGCAAUACGUCACCUGUUGUUGUACCAUGAAAUAAAAAUAAAAGGUAUUACAGCACCAUCCGUACACGUGUUUAAGAAACACAAAUUUACCUGCUGGAGCAGUGAAUUACAAGGAAGUAGACAGGUCCCUGCCAAAACUAAACAACACGAAAACCAGGUACUGAAGGCAAUGGGAAAAUUCCUGAAUAAUGAAGAAUAUUCUGACAUUGACGUACGAGUAGGGAAGAAGGUUUUCAAGUGUCACAAAAUUGUGCUAGCAGCGUCAAGCUCCUAUUUCCAAGCAUUGUUUUCGUCAGGAAUGAGUGAAGUUCAAGAUGGCAUGGUAGAGCUAGCUGCAUUAGAUGAAAAAGAGUUUAAAAACAUCUUAAAGGUCAUGUAUACAGGUAAAUGCGUUUUGAAUAAGAAGAAUAUACUUGAUCUUCUGUAUUCGGCCUCUUAUCUGCAGAUAUCAUUUCUGGAAAAAGAUUGUAUACAGUUUAUUGAAAACCAUAUGGGAGAGUUCUCUGACACUGAACAUUUUGAGCUGCUUAAAUUAAGCAAUGAUCUCGAUAUUCAUGAGAUUUCAAGCAGGCUUCUUUACUGGAUCUCUUGCCAGUUUCAAAAUGUUCGGGAGCUAGAAAUAUUUGUACAGAUCUUGACUUACAAAAAUUUGAUGGAACUGCUGGACUUUCCACUGAACGUUUCUAGUGAAGAUGACAUAUGUAACUCGCUACUGAAUUGGAUUGAGUUUGAUGAGGAAAAUAGAAAGCAGCAUGGUAAAACUUUAAUUUCAAAGCUGAACUAUUUGGCUUUAACAGAAAAGUAUAUGAAAGAAGUGUUUUUAUGUCAUCCAGUUAUCCAGAAUGAUGCAGGACUACAAGAUGUGACUUCUAAAUGCUUAGAAUAUAUUGCAAGACCAGGUAGGCAAUGGGAGUAUAUUGGUGAGGAUAAGUCAUCUCAUAGAGUAGGACAUAGAUAUGUUGAUGUUAUGGCAGUCUGCUACCCUACCAGCAUACUGUUUACUGAGUUCUCGAGACUUUUUGAUGGUUGCGACUAUUCUGGACAAUAUACGAUGAUUCGAGAAUCACGGAAUGACAAGCUUAAAAAUCUAAAGCGACGACCAGAAAGCAUAGCAGCAUGCAACCUUAGUCGAUCAGAAAUUGUGCUUUCAACUGGAACACAGCUGUUUUAUUUUAAUGGUGACACUUGCACAUGGAGUAGUGGCCCAAUGCAUUCUGCACCUUCAACAAAUAACUGUCUCCUUUAUGACCCAGAUUUACACUCUAUUUACAGUGUUGUUGUGGGAAAAGAAAAGGUACUGAUAGAAAAAUGUACAUCAUAUAGUGAUAGUAUGGAGGUUCUUUAUUCUGAAAAUGCCAGGAAAGAAAUUGUGCAAAACAGGACUUGUGCUUAUUUGAUUGGUGAAAACAUUUAUAUGAUUAAGCCAUAUACUACUGAUGCAUCUCAAAAGAAGCAUGCAACUAUUGUUAGAUUUAAUGUUAUAACAAAAUCCCUGGAAAAUGUUCAGGACACAGACCUGCCUUUCUUGUGUUCUGUCGCGGUGCCGCACAAGGACAUGGUUUUUAUUGUAGAUAAGGAGGGAGUGAAUAUACUAAAAGUUUCAAAUAACGGAACAUUGAUUGAACAACAUGGUAAAAUUGGUGGUUACUGUCACUAUGACAUGUGGGCAUCACGCAUGGGUGAUGAUUUUGGUGCCUGUAUUUAUAAUGGUCGUUUGAUUUUAGUUAGAGGGAAGAAAACAGUGUCUCAACAUGUUCUUGCAUUUGACUUAGACGCCCAUGUAACUAGAGAAAUUCCAAACAUUGAAUCCAAAGUAGAUGCUGCUGUUAGCUUGAAAAUGACAAUUUAUUUAGAUAGAGGUUAAAAGACGCUGCUGGGUGCUUUGUAAAUUUAUUAGCACUGGUCAUGUACGUGUACAUGUUUUAUUGUUAGAUUAAGCAUAAAGUGAUGUUUUCUUUCAAUAGUUACUGCCUGAUUUGUUUCAAGACUAGGAAUUUUAUAAAGAUCAUUCAGAUGUACAGAUAAAGGUUUCCGUCACUUCUAUUACCUUCAUUAAUUUAAAUGUUAUCUUAUUAUAACAAAAGGUUUUAAAAUGGUCUUUUAAUUAUUUUUAGCUCGACCUUUUUUUUAUGAAAAACAAAAUUGUAUUGUUUAAGUUAUGUCGGCAUUGCCCGUUGCCUUUCGCAAACUUGUACCUUCAUCAUAACUUUUUAAGUACUUGGUGGUAUACUGUCUUUAUACUUGGUCACAACAACAUUUAGGACAGAACCUUUAAGAAAACCAGACUAACCUUGAUCUUCAUAACCUUGAAAUUCAUAAAUGACCUUGACCGUGAAGGUCAAAUAUCUAAAUUUUGCUUCUUUUUUUUUUGCUGAUAUUUGCUAUUAGUGGAUUUAACUUUGUUUUAUGGAUUAAAGUUUGUCCAGACUACAGAAAACACUCAAAUAUCAAUUCAGACAAUUAACGUUUUAACAAACUGCCCAGUCAGCCCCCAAUGUCAACUGCUAAAAUGGCCAUCAUCAGUCAACACACUUAUAACUUAUCAUCCUCCGGUUAUAUUAAAACUAAAGUUGUUUAGGAGGAGCUUGUGGGUAGAAUCAAGUAGUUGACCUGAUAACUAUAUUAUUACUUUGAAAAUGUUAUUUUUUUCUGUCCGAUUGAACCAAUAAAAAAACAAACAAAAUAAGUAAGCGUUUAGUAACAGAAUGUGCAAAGACAUAACAAGUAUAUAGUUCGAGUUUGCAUACAUCGAAUAAAACUGACAAAAUACUACCGCAUAUUUUGAAGAAUUUUAACACUGAAUAAACUGUAAACUACCUUUGUGUUUCAAGGGUGUGAUGUAAAGACAAGUUGUUAUUUUGUAAAAUCCUGUUGGACAUUAAUAACGUCACUUAUUAGGUUGUAAGAAUGGAAUCACAUGGAGAUAACUCAUCUUUUUGGGAGCAGCAAGUGUGAAAAAACUGUCGCUGAUAUGGGCUUAAUUGAUGUUCAUUUACUCGAAGUUAAAUGAAAAAUUAUUAUUAAUGAUAUUAUUUUAUCACAGGAGUAGUUAUUUUCAUUAAUAAUUACAGAAGUGGUGUCAUCAUGAACAAUGAAGUAUUAAAUGUUUUCUUCCUAAAAUGUAGAGACUUGUGAACCCGAAAUGAAUUUUAUACCAUUGCAUGGAUUGGCAUAAAAGUUUCAAUUAAUAUAAAACGACACGAUCAUAUUUUGUUCGUUUGCUCAGCAAAAAAGAACUUGCCAUUUCAUUCAAUCAUUACGAUCAAUCAAUCAUUGUAUAAAUAUAUCAUAUCAGUUACAUCAUUUUAAGUCUGCUUAUAGUUUGUAUUUUUCUGUUACUCUUAGAAUUACCAAAUGACGAGUCCUACUGUACAUAAUAAAUUAUCUAUAUUUAGAA